ACAACCUGACACAACAUAAGCAGGCUACAGAUAUCAUUUCCUCAGUCUUCCCUGCAGCAGGUCACAGCCUAAACUAUUGCCUACCAUUUACAGUUCUGCCUAAUAUGUACGUUGAGAAUCAUUUGGAUAUUCUCGGUUUGGGAAGAAGGCAAAUCCAACCGUGGACAGCCGUAGGUGGAGCAAUGCCUCGUGUCGUACCUCCAGUUCCGAUUCAAUACAGCCAAUGCCAUGAAAUAGCCAAGCCUCGUCCCUGACAUACAAAUGCUGGAUAUGAAAACGUAGAAGUCGUGCCGCUAUCAAUGCAGUGCACGAUGAAACGACCAGCUGACGCAUACUACAUAACAGAUAAUAUGGCAACUCAACCUUUGCGAUUUCCCAACUUGGUAGCCGGAUAUCAACGGAAUCCUGCACACGCUUUACAAUCGGCAUUGUACACAAAAUACACACCGAACGAAUGGUUUCAGAAGCAAGUCAAGUACUAUAACGAGGCAGAUUUGAACAGACACUACGCGGAGCGAUUGAGAAAUGAUACUGUGCGAGUUAUUAGGGAGGCGGAGGAAAAGAUACAUCAAGGCCAGAGAGAAACAGGCAGAAAAAUUGGCGAAAGAAUAACCGACGUAAUGUUCUGGCGUAAUGAGGUUGCCUCCGAGCUUGAAAGGCUUAUUAUGGAAAACGAGCGAUUAUACGAUUGUAGAAAAUUGUUGGAAAAAGCAUUGCACGAUAUUGAAGGACCUUUGCAUAUCGCAGAAGAAUGUUUGUACCACCGAGAAUCUAGAAAAGGGACUGAACUUGUUCACGAUGAAAGUGAAAAAUCGUUAUUGAAGGAGAUAGAAAAUUUGAAAAACAGUCAAAGAAAGCUUGAAAUCUGCCUUGAUAAAUGCAAAGACCAGUUGCGAAAUAGCCGAGCAUCGCAGAAUCAGCUGGAGCUUGAUUUGAAAAAUAAAGAAGGUGCUCUCGGUAUAGAUACAGUUUGUCAUCAGCUUAAUAAUUAUAGUCGAGGACUGCAAUAUUGUGCGGGGAUUGAAAAGUUUGACGGAUGCGUAAUUGAGCAGGAAACAUGGGCCGAAGCAGCGAAUAGAAUUGUGCAAAAAUCGCAGACUGAGCGAACAAAAUCAUGCCAACUUCGAAGUGACGCUGAGGCUUUAAUAAAUCAAGUUGCCCAGGAGAUGUGGGAUUCUUGGAGUAAUACGAACAAUGCACUAUCGCGCAGGUCUUCUGAGUUGUUAGAAGCAAAAAACAUGUUGAAACAGCACCUGCACAAACUUCAGCAGGAGAUAUUUGAUGUGGAAAAGAACUUGGAAUUAACACGCAAGGCAAUCGCUGACAAAAGUUAUGCUCUCAAGGUAGCUCACACUCGACUCGAGGCUCGGCUCCAUCGACCAGAACUUGAACUAUGUAGAGAUUAUGCACAGUUAAGCUUACAGAAAGAAAUCGAAGGAAUAAACCAGCAGGUCGAACGCAUGUAUAAAAUGUUAAAAGAGUUGGAAAACCAACACCAGAGAUUGCUGAGAACGCGGAACUCAAUGGAGCACGACUUGGCGUUAAAAAUUGAUGCCAUGUAUAUCGAUAAAGAAAAAGUAGCUGGGCUCAGGCGUGCUUACCCAGUGAACGCACUUUUUAGAUUUUAGUUUCACGCUCUGAUAGGUCAGUUAUUAAAAGCUUUUUAGAAGAACUUAAUGUAACUUAAUAAAACGAUGAAUUCAUUCACGUUUAGUCAGGUGCUUAGAAACAGUUUAAAGUAGGAUUUAAAUUGCUCAGUAUUGAGUAAUUAGGAGCGAUGCCUGCCGGAAAAAAAAGAGUGAAGAAAAAAAAUAACAAACAAAAAUACCACGAAUGUUGUCCAAUCAUAACGAAUCAUUAAAAGUAUCUAGCGAUAGUUCUUGAUAAUCAUGAAAAAGAAAUACACUCCUAAAGGAUAUUUAGGGUAUGUGAUAAUUUCACAGCAAAAAUAAGGUAAUGAGUAAACAUUCGAUAAAAAUCUUCAAAUACACGUAUGUAUAUACAUGUAUAUUAGAAUAUAUAGAUAUAUAUACAUAUAUGUUGUCUAUACAGUAAUUUGCGCUAAUAUUUCGUAAUAGGAUAUUACAUAAUUACCUAUUGAAUAAAUAAUCGAUUCGAUCGAACGUUACUACGAGUGCCUAUUAGCAUAGCCAGGUAGGGGAAGUUUCAGACCAUCUCUGGCCUCAAAAAAAGUGUAGGAUAACGUUAUUUCAUCAAUAUAUUCCAGCUUGGGAUCCUCCACAAUCUCCGGG